UCUGUGGUUUAAAGCAGCGGAGUUUGAGUUCAGAGUGAAGUCAGUCAGUGCUGCUGUAUGUGAAAUGAUCUUACCAAGUCUCUCAGACCAACAGCCGGUGAAAAUAACACACAUAUAAAUGUCUGCGAGGUGCGAAUGAACUGCAAACGCCUUAAAUAACGUGGAACUCAGUCGUGUGAGAGGGACAUGAGAGAAGAGUCCAGCUGCGCUCACAACAACAGCCUGAUGGGAGAAGCAGAAUGUCAUCGUUUGUCCACCGGUUCGUCUGCAGGAAGUCACGAUCCACGAUCCGCAGACUGCUGCUCGCUGUCCAGCACUGAACCGUCAGAGGACGGCCGGCCGGUCAGUGCCGUGUCCACCAUCUCAUCCGAAUCGUCCGUCGAGGGCAACAGCGGCUCCCCGUCAGCGCCGUCCGCGGGAGCUGAUAUCGACCUGGAGCUCAGUCCUCCAGAGGCUCCCUCGGGUCCUCCAGAGCUGCUCGGCUUGGACUGGCCGGUUGAAGAAACAUCAGGAACACCAGACCCUCCGUCGCCGGUCGUCCCCGUCACGAUGGCGCCAAACCCUCAGCUCACAUACGUGGAUCGCGUCGUUAUGGAGAUUAUCGAGACGGAGCGAAUGUACGUCAGGGAUCUGCGCAGCAUCGUAGAGGAUUAUCUUGUGCACAUCAUCGACACCAGGGAUCUUCCAAUCAAACCAGAGCAAGUGUGUUCACUGUUUGGAAAUAUUGAGCACAUUUAUGAGUUUAACAGUGAGUUAUUACAGUCUUUAGACAUGUGUGCCAAUGAUCCUGUGGCCAUCGCACACUGCUUUGUGGACAAGAGCGAGUAUUUUGAGAUCUACACGCAGUACUGUACAAACUACCCAAAUUCGGUGGCAGUGUUGACAGACUGUCUGAGGAAUAAAACUCUGGCGAAGUUCUUCAGGGAUCGACAGGCAUCGCUCAAGCGUUCUCUUCCGUUGGGUUCUUACCUGCUUAAACCAGUUCAGAGGAUCCUGAAGUAUCACCUGCUGCUUCAGGAAAUCGCCAAACACUUUGACCCUGAGGAGGACGGUUAUGAUGUGGUGAUCGAGGCCAUAGACAGCAUGACCGGAGUCGCCUGGUACAUCAACGACAUGAAGAGAAAACAUGAGCACGCAGUGAGACUUCAGGAGAUCCAGUCUAUGCUUAUAAACUGGAAAGGUCCGGAUCUGACCACAUACGGCGAACUGGUUCUGGAAGGAACGUUUCACGUCCACCGCGCCAAAAACGAGAGAACCCUCUUCCUGUUCGAUAAAAUGCUGCUCAUCACCAAGAAACGAGGGGAACAUUACGUCUACAAGACUCACAUCUCGUGUUCCACACUAAUGCUGAUCGAAAGUGCCAAAGAUUCGCUGCGCUUCAGCGUGACGCACUACAAGCACCCGAAGCAGCCGCACACGGUUCAGGCCAAAACGGUGGAAGAAAAGAAACUGUGGGCUCAUCACAUAAAGAGACUCAUUCUGGAGAAUCAUCACGCCAUUAUACCGCAGAAAGCCAAAGAUGCAAUCCUGGACAUGGAUUCAACAUGUCCAGUGAAGUACCGCUACAGUCCAGACAGGCUGAAGAAAGCGUCGUCCUGUCAGACUGAUGAUUUCUCUGGGGCGUUUAAGGAACGGAGACGCUCUGAACCGGCGAAACGAAGUGUACGAAAAACUAAAGGCACGCUUAAGCAUGCAGACAGCGAAGGUACUCUCUUAGUGGAUCAAGACCGUCUUUCCAUGCCCACUGUCACGACCAUGAGCUCAAACCCUGAACUCAAGACUGCGUUACCUGGAAUGAUUCACAACAGACAAGAUCAUGAAUCCAGCACAGGCUCACUGGAUGACAUCAAGGACAGUAGGCUUCUCCAAGAAGAGAAAGCACAGAGUGCAGAGGACAGGAUAGGAGGAGAAAAUGCAGAAGAGGAAGAUCUGAUGGGAGUCGAGCAGGUAGCUGACUUUGCCAGUUCAGUGUUGGCCGCCAUCUCCUGCUGGCGCUAUAGGGCCAAGGCUUUGCUUUUCGAUCAAAUUACCACGGACAGAGAAGGUUGUUGGGAAAAUUGGCCAAUGAACAAAAGUGGCCAAACACCCUCUAAAGAAAAGCCUGAUGAUACGAGUGAAAGUUUGACUCUCUUUAAACAGAGCUCAACUGAAGAACGCAGUUCAAAGAAGUUCUUCUCUCCUCUCAGAGAGUCAGAGGAGAUAGGGGUGGACCAAUCAGAUAAUUAUCCCGAAAUGUGUGGGACAAUAAUGGCAGGAUACCACACUGAUUCAGAGAUAGCAGACCUUGAUAAUGGAGGACGAGAAAUCAGAGAUAAUAUGGGGGACAGUAUGGAUUUCUCUUUCCCUAGUGGACUAGAAGAGCACCGAAAGGAAGGGACUCAAUCCAGCAGGAACCUCUCAGAUGAUGUGCAGAACAUGGAGGUCAGUGUGGAGGUUGAGGCACCUGGUGUCCUCUUGUCUUCAUCCGUACUGGACAAGGCAAGUGAUGCUUCUGAGCGAUGUACCAGCAGCCUCUCACAAAGAAGUAGCUUAGGAGUCGAAGGGUCUUUUGACUUGGGCUGCCCAUCUUCUCGGUCCGAAAGUAGAAGAAGCAGUUUGCUCAGCGCCUGUGCUGAGCCCCAUGAGAAAGACAAAGGCCAAGACUUUAGACCGUCCACUCCAGAACCACUAACGGAGACUGCUCUCGACAGCCCGUUCUUACCAGACCAAAGACCUCAAGUGAAACAAGACACCCUUUCCAAAAAGGACCGAUUGCUCAUACAUAAGAUUCGACGGUACUAUGAACAUGCUGAGCACCAGGAUGCCAGCUUUGCCGUCAAACGCAGAGAGAGUCUUUCAUACAUUCCUGCAGGCCUAGUCCGUAAUCUGAGCCAACAACUCAAUGACCUUGCAGACGACGAUUUGGCAUUGCACAAGAGGGCGUCUUCUAUCACAAGGCCAACUUUAUGGUCUGUCUUUAAUCUACCAGGCUUGGGGGAUGACAAGAAAGCAAAGGACAGCUCUGAUUUUGUGGUCCCUACAAAUGGCAAAGAAUCCAGGCUUAGAGAUCAAAGUGGGAAUGAGGAAUUCCAGCCUGCAUCUGACAUGGUUAAAGUGUGGGAAGACAUGGAAGUGGAGAUAACUGGGACUUCUGAAGAACAUCAGGACUCCGAGAGUUCCCAAAUGACUACAUCUGGUGAAGAAAAGAGAGCAGAAACCAGUAAGGUGAGCUUGGAUAGCGGACUUGGGGAACCUCUGGUAAUAUUGGGAGAAUCCGAUGAAAGCUCUUCCUCAUCUCCAGUCAACAUCAUCUUAGAAAAGGACAAGAUGCAAGAGUUCCAGAGGCAUCCAAAUGAAGAGGACAAGUUACAAGACCGGCUUAAGAUCAACCACCCUCUUCUACCAAAGAUGAUCUCCUUAAGGUCCGCCAGUGAGGAUGCACUCAUUCUUCAAGAUAUGGAGAAGAUGAAAAAUAAGGUGUUCCAGCUGGCCAGGCAGUACAGUCAGCGUAUCAAAAACAACAGACCACUAGUAAAGCAGAGGCCCAAGAUCUCUGAGAACCAUUUUGUGCCCAAGAACCUGUCUUCGGUCAUGGAAGAGAGACCUCCAGGAAAAGAGAAAGGCAUGCCUGACAGGACACUGUUGCUGAACUUGAAUGAGCAGGAUGUUAUCCCAGACUCUCCAACUACUAGUCCAGCUUCCAGCCUCUGUUCUCCUGGAAGUCCUCAAUUACUCAAUUGCAGAUUAUACGGCCAAAGACCACAAAGUCCCGUGCAGACUGAGACCUUCCACUGGCCGGAUGUCAAAGAGUUGCGUUCCAAAUAUAACAACCAAAGUCAAGAUGAUGCAUCUGCUUCCUCUCGUGCAUUCCCAGUGGGUCGCAGUACUUCAUUUCCAGAAAGAGCUCUGGAGAACAGAUGGGAGAGAUCCGGAGCAUCUCGUUCUUUGUCUUGUUCAUCUCCUUUCUGUAAUUUCACACUGCAGAGAACUACAUCCACAGAUUCUACGUGUUCCAGCAAGACCGUUGAAAGUGAAGGUUUGCCUUCAUUGUGUAGAGUUAACGCUUUUGAUUUCGGCUUGGGAUCCGCUGAUGAACAUGAGUCACUGGACAGAGGUUGUGACGCUGGUCAAGAUGAGAACAACCUCAUUGUAAUUGAGAGGAUCUGCAAGGCCAAGCAUGAAGAGGCUGAAUUAGCAACGGGGAGAGAAAACAGUAAUGAGAAUGAACAAAGAUGGGAGUCUGUUUCACAAUCCGAACAUGCAAUGGCAAACAGUAAAGAGCACAACUUUAGUGAAUGGAUGGAAAAAGCAGAGAACGGCCAACAUAGUUUGGUUAAAAACCUGCGGGAGAAAUUUCAGAACUUAAGUUCUUACACGUGAGACUUAUAAUGCAGAAAUUUUACUCUGAACACUCAGAACCUUAAAAUAUCUUACAGCUAAUAUUCUGCUCUCCAAAAUAUGUCAUUUGGCCACUGUUUGAGUACAUUUUACACAGGUUUGGCAUUCUGGGUUUCCGUAAAAUAAGCAUGAAUCUUAACCUCAAGUUAUGAAUUAUCAGCAGAUGUCAUCCAAACCAACUGGAAAAGGGAUGCCUGUGGACCUCAGAGAAUGUAUUUAUGAAAUUUGCAUUUGUAAAUAUAUGUAUAUUAGCAUUAUUUUGUGCACAUUUCAUUGAGAUGUAAACAUUCUUUAUAGGAACCGGCUGUGGUACUGUAUUUUUGUUGUAAUGUUUGGAAAAGUGGUUUGCAUACAUAUUUUUUUCUUUCAAACAUUUUUAAGGAAGAAUAUGCAAAUGGGUCAGUGCAUACUAAAGUUACAAAUGCACAUAUUUUUGUUAAAAAAAUUGCUUAGUGCACACAAACUUGUCAUGUCUUCAUAAAAGCACAGCACUAUUAAAUGCAAUCUGUUAGUUAUUUUGAUGCCUGAUGUCUCUUCACUGUUUGUGUUCAAGCACUGACCAGAGCAAAGAAGGUAAUCUCAUCAAGAUGUCAUUCCCCACUAAUGAGGAGAAAACUGGAAAUCAUAAUCAGAUUAAGCCCGAUAAAUGAUAAACAGUGACAAAGACUGAUGUUAUUUACAAUCUGGAAUGUUUUCAGCUGGGUGUGUACAGUUUAGACUUGUCAAAUAAUGCUCGGUUUGAUCGAAUGGUGUAAAAUUAAAACGCUGCUCCUUUUUGACAACGUAUUGUGUUGUGUCUGUCUUACUGUUGCUGAUUUUUAGACAUUUAAAGGUCAGUUUCUGCUCCUCUGAAAUUUGCUUGUAAUAUUCUCAGCAUUAUGAGGUCAUUAAAGUUAAUGGAGAAGUCAUUUGAGCAACAUAUUAAUGCACGGUCACAAAAUAUGUUUGGGUCUUGUUUAAUGGAAGGUUUCAUAAGCUAGCUUGUUUUUGGUUGUAUUUUUCAGCUUAUUGGUGGGCAUGAUGAUCACUGUUAUCUUGUAUAUUUAAUCUUUUUUAUUUAUUUCAGUCGGUGUAAAUAUGAUGCACAAUACCUCUGUAAAAAUGUUCAGUUCAUAUCCUAUUUUUCUGUUAAACUCCAUUAAAAGAAGCUUUCCACAAUAUAA